CACCAGAGGCCCCAUGUCACUGCAGCUUCCUCUAGUGCUGCUGCUACUGCUGUCCCAGGUCAACAUGGUCAACAGCUUCCAACAAGAAAAUGAUGAUCUUACUAAUCAAACACAGAAUCAUAUGUCUGAAAACAUGUCAUUAAUGUAUUUCAUCAGUGGACCUGGUGUGGAUGAAUACCCAGAGACUGGUUUAUUUUCUAUAGAAGAUCACAAGAACGGAAAAAUAUACGUGCAUCGCCCUGUUGAUCGAGAGAAAACGCCUUCUUUUAUGCUUAGUUUGGAUGUCAUGGACCGCGUAACGGGAAGCAUCGUGGACCAAUCCCUGACCUUCCACAUCAGGGUCCGUGAUGUGAAUGACCACGCACCCCAGUUCCCUAAGGAGGAAUUCAGCAUCCGUGUGCAAGAGAGCCACGCCGCAGGUCAACCUAUUUUUCAGAUGUUCACAACCGACUUGGAUCAAGAAAAUACUCCAAAUUCUCAAGUCCUUUAUUCCCUUGUUUCUCAAACGCCGUUACUGAAAGAAAGUGGCUUUGGGAUUGACCGGACUGGCGGAGAAAUCCGACUCUCAGGAUGCUUAGAUUACGAGACUGCUCCUCGGUUCACGCUGCUCAUUAGAGCGAUGGAUUGUGGGGAGCCCCCAUUGUCCUCCACGGCCACGGUUCAUGUCGAUGUGCAAGAAGGCAACAACCACAGGCCCACGUUCCCCCAGGAAGAGUAUAAAAUUCAAGUUCCCGAAGGCCGAGUUAGCCGGGAUGUGCUGCGUCUCCUGGUCCAAGAUGGUGACGCGCCAUUCACACCAGCUUGGAGAGCGACAUUCAACAUAUCGGAUGGCAACGAAGAGGGACAUUUUGACAUUGUGACUGACCCUGAGACCAAUGAAGGGAUUUUAAAUGUUAUCAAGCCUUUGGAUUAUGAAAGUUCCCCCACGCAGAGCCUUGUCAUUGCUGUGGAAAACGAGGAGCUGCUUUUCUCCUGUGAUGGGGGUGAGCUUCAGUGGCCGAGGAGGGCGGCAGCCAGCGCCACUGUGCGCGUGCAGGUGACGGACGCCAACGAACCGCCGGCCUUCCACACCGGGACCCUCAUGGUCAGUGAGGUCGACGGCGCUGGGCCUGGAGUUCAGUUGGGGAUUUUUAAUGCGACGGAUCCAGACAGAAAUGCCAGCCAGAUACGGUAUAAACUAGUUCACGAUCCUGAGAAUUGGGUCACCGUAGAUGAACACUCAGGAGCCGUUGUCACCAGGAAGCAAGUCGACCGAGAGUCCCCUUAUGUGAAUGAUAGCUUUUACGUAAUCAUUGUUCAUGCUGUUGAUGACGGCCUGCCACCGGGGACUGCAACGGGGACCCUGAGGCUGUUCCUGUCUGAUGUCAAUGACAAUGCCCCGACUCUGCAUCCCCGCUCUCAGCACGUGGAGGUCUGUGAGUCUGCGGUGACCCAGCCCCUCCUUAUCGAGGCAGAGGACGGCGACCUGGAGCCCUACUCAGAGCCGUUUACAUUUCAACUGGACACGACUGGGGGAAAUGUACAAGACACAUGGGAACUGGGGGAAAACCAGGGUCGGGCGGUUGAACUUUUAAUGUUGAGAAGCCUCCCAUGCGGUGAUUACUCAGUGCCACUUUUCAUCGGAGACAAACAGGGACUGUCCCAGAAGCAGACUGUCCACGUACGGGUCUGUUCCUGUGCCGGCGGACUCACCUGUGUGGCGGAGCCAUCAGUCGCAGGAGCCGGGCUCCCCGUGGGGGUCCUGGCCCCUCUCUGUGCAGUGUUCACGGCUCUGGCAGUGGUGCUGUUCUUCCUGCUGCUGCGAUGCCGUUUUCUGCUCGGAGCCAAGGGGCACAGGGGCUCUGUCCCCCGUGAGAGAGGCGACCAGACCCUGAUCGUGUACAACGACGAGAGCAGAGCCUUUUCAGCCCAGGUAGGGUCAGAGGUCAGGGGUCAGGCGACAGCCCUGUUGAACACAACUGAGGUGGACAGCACGCUUGGUGGUGAGGCUAUAAAUGAAAUGCUAUCAUCUCCAGUGAGGACAUCAGACCAAGCACACAUCGUCCGGGGGACCCUGGUUUAUCUGAAUACCAUGGUACCCAGAAGUCCCCUGGAAGUGAGGGUUGGAAUGAUGGCAGAGACCCUGCAACAGGAACAAAACACCACAGGUGGCUACUGUCUCGCCGUGUCCUCAUGCCCUGCCUCUGAGUACCAUCACGCUGGGUAG